GUUGCAGAUAUCAAGAGAGUUAACAAUCUUAUCAACGAUCAAGAUUUUUUUGCCCUGAGGUCCAUCAAAAUUCCAGUAAAGAAGUUCAGCGUCUUGACCGAAGCGCACGUCUCUCCAAAAGGAAGACCGGUUCUUCGGCCUGCUCACUGCUCCCUAGAAGCACAGGAAAUGGCACCUCCUGAUAAAUUCCCUGUUAACGAGACCGCUGGCAACUUCUUAAAAGAAGUGGAUCGAGAUAUAGAGGAAAUAGUGAAGUGUAAUGAUACGAAGAGAGAGAAUCUUGAUGAAGUUGUUUCCGCCUUAGCAGCCCAGCAGAUCUCUUUCGAAACUGAUAGUAAAGCUAAAAAAUGCAAGGAUCCUUACUAUGGAGCAGAUUGGGGUAUAGGAUGGUGGACAGCUGUAGUGAUUAUGUUGAUUAUUGGCAUAGUAACUCCGGUGUUUUACCUCCUGUAUUACGAAGUUCUAGUGAAAGCAGAUGUCAGUCACCAUUCUACAAUGGAAUCUUCCCAUCUGUUUGUUACAGCAGCAUCACAUCAGAAACAAAUAGAAAAUGGAGUAAAUCAGGCGAAUAUUAUAAAUGUUGAUAAUCAAGGAGACCUUCAGCCUUAA